AACUGAUAAUAGUCAAAAUCAAAAUAAUACAGACAUGGCGAGAACCCCCGCUGCCGCGGCCCCCAAUACUUCUUCAGAAAAGACAUCAUCAGCUUCAACAACAACUAUAAUUCAUAAGAACCUGCCUCCAGAAUCUGCCAACAUCGUCGUAGAGUUUUUCUCUGACACGGCGACUCCCGACACUUCUCUAAAUUACAAUUGCAACGACUUCUAUUCUCAUCUCAUUUGCGAUGUCCUCAAAGCCGACCUUGUCCAACAUGGCCGUAUAUCCUGCACCGUUACAGUCCAACCUUCUGUCACUAAUGAUUACAAUGGACUACAUGGUGGGGCCAUUGCAUCAAUAGCUGAGAGGUUAGCCAUUGCUUGUGCUAGAACUGUCGUGGCCCUCGAUAAACAACUCUUUCUUGGUGAAUUGAGCAUGUCUUACCUCUCUGUCGCUGCACAGAAUGAAGUUUUGGCAGUUGAUGGUUCUGUAGUGAGGAGCGGAAGAAAUUUGACUGUAGUUGCCAUUGAGUUUAGAAUCAAGAAGACCCAAAAGCCGGUCUACCUGGCUCGUGCUACCUUAUAUCACAUGCCGGCUUCCAAGCUAUGAAUUUUCCUGUGCUUUUGGCCUAUCAUCUUGGUUUUACGUACUACAUCUCUUGCUUGCCUAUUAGACAUGUAUCAAUGGUUUCGUUAGUUGCCAUAUUCGGGUAUCUUGUGUAAUUCUGAUUAUUUAAUGUCUUAUGUGCAUUUGCUAGCGUGUCUAUCAUGUGUGGCUGGCUCUGUCUUUGGCUGCAAAUUGCAAUGCAAUGAUAUUGGAUGUUUUUCAAACUGCUCA